ACAAAGUCUUGUAGAAACAGAAGCGAAGAAGAGUGACAGCGACUUCGCUGAACAACGCUGUUAUUUAAGAGCUUAGCUAACGCUCAAGGAAAAUGUCUUUCUGUUCGUUUUUUGGCGGGGAGGUAUAUAAAGAUCAUUUUAAAACAGGGAUCUAUGUAUGCUCCAAGUGUGGUCACCCACUUUUCUCCAGCCGAUCCAAGUAUGAGCACUCCUCACCCUGGCCUGCUUUCACUGAGACGGUCCGGGAAGACAGUGUAGCGAAACAUGAGGAGAGGCCUGGAGCUUACAAGGUGCUAUGUGGGAAAUGUGGAAAUGGACUGGGUCAUGAGUUUGCAAAUGAUGGGCCAUCCAAAGGCUUGUCACGCUUCUGAAUCUUCAGCAGCUCACUGAAGUUCAUCCCAAAAGAUAAGGUUGAUGGACAGUAAGUGAGCAGAUGGAGGAAGUGCCGCUACCCAAGAACCGGUUUCUCUGCUGCUUGAAAGGCGUGGCCCGUGAAUGAAGGGAGCCGGAGAAAAGCCCUUACCGGGAGAAUCGGAUCUCUGAUGGAGAGUGACCCAGCUGGACAGCAAAUUGGAGAAUUGUUUCCUUUGAAAUAUUCCAUCCCUAUGCAAAGACUCACUGAUCUUACCUCAUUUAUUUUAUAUGUCACAUUGCUACUAUGGUAGAACAUCGCAUGGAUUUAGAUUUAACAAAUAAAUUGAAUAUAGUGCACCAAAAAUGUGAUUUUCACAUCUCAGGUUUUUAAUGAAAUGGAUCUCACUGUUGGAUGUCAAAUAUAUUU